AUGAAGAAUCACGUGAAGCAUGAUCGAGAUACCUGCAAGAAAUUGCUGGAAGAAUGUGAAAUGUUUGAAAAGGUGCCGGCUUCUGGACUGGCAAAACUUGUCAAGAAAAUGAAAUACGGAGUUUACGGUCAUAACGAGAUCAUACAGAAGCAAGAUGAGCCUGUGGAUAGAUUCUUUCUUUUAGAGGAUGGCGAUCUUGUUCGAACUAGACACGAUCCGGAGACCGAGCGAACACACACUGUUGAAUUUGCCAUCAAGUCCAGGUCGAUAGGCACCAUGAGCGUUCUUGAAGCGGCCCCAGCAUCGACUACAGUCAAGUGUGUAUCUGACCAGUGCAAGCUAUUCGAGAUGCACCGCAAUGAUUAUAUGCGUUUGUUGCGAAGAGAUCCAGAUCUCUCCGCACAAAUUAUUCAGGGUCUGAGUUCCGAAGUCCGAAGGUCGUCACGAAAGUAUCAGACACCUCUGUUGCAACAGAAGCAACAAGAAGUCAACGUGACGGCAGUCUCGAUUGCUGCAGGUAUCGAAUGCUACUACCGGUCAAUGAUGAACUCCUUCUUGAACGCGCGUCUUACCGGGGUGACAUCGGAGCUAUUUCCCAACAUGCACAUUCAAGUCCCCAGUCGAAUAUUUUACAUCUGCGGUUUCAAGGUUCUUCGAGCAACUUUUGACAAACAUGUCAGCCCUGAUGCAUACGAGAAUCCAGCAGCUAUUCGAUGGGCGGCUGCACUGACUCCAGGGAUUAUAAUGACACCGAUAUCAAGUGUUCUCGAAGCUUCGAAUGCUGGGCACAUGAACUCGGAACCAAUGAUGAAGAGAUGGAUGCGAGGAGUCGUGCCUCGUGCGGCGCGUGAGAUUGUCUUUGGUAUUGGAUUGAAUCAAUUGAGUGACUACUUUGAAGAACGGGUGGAACCUUUCUUCCCUGACAACGCCAUCGCUGCGAAUGCGGCUGGGAGUUUGAUGGCUGGUACGGUUUCUGGCUAUUUCUCCCAUGUGCCACACAAUUUAUCAACACUGAAGCUGUUGGAGCCAACCAAGUCUUAUAGAGAGCUGAAUGCUCAAUUUAUUAAGCGGAGUGUACCACCGGCAGUCGAACGAAUGGUUGCGCAAUGGCCACCCCUCGGGCAAUCUCUCGCUAGACCUGUCUUUGCGUACGUCUUUCCCAGAGGUCUGUUGAUCCGCACAGCACAGAUCGUUGGGUCUUUCGUGAUCCUGAAUGGCACCAUCAAUUUAUUGCAACUGAAGGAGCACGAGAAGUUUGAGCGUAAAUGGCUUACGAGCAGGGCUACGGGUGCUACAACUCAGUAG